UGAGGCUUGCUGUUGCGAGGGUGGAUUGUAUCGUGGACGCGCGCGCAGGCAGGUAGUUCUGGAGAGUACUCACGUCACGGGUCCGCAGCAAGCAAGCAUCGAGAUGCUGUGAGGACAAGGAGACGACGAAAGAGACGCAUUUUAAACCAACACAUAGGCUAUUAAUUUAAAUGCCAGAACAUGCUGCGGUAAAACAGAUUCACUCCACUCCAUAUUGAAAACGAUCCGCAAUGGCGCUACGAUCGCUAUUAGAGGGCCGAAGCAUACACUCAUAAGGGAAUUUAAACCACAUCUAGCAUCUACUGCAUCAAGGACUGAGCAACGAAGGCCCUGACCAGGCCCUGAUGCCAGGCUUGACUACAGGUGGACUUUGCUAGAGGAAAGCACUCGGACGCUCCAGAGGCAGGAUGAGUGGCGGCUCGGAGCAGACUGACAUCCUGUCACCGGCCGUCAUGGUCAAGGACAGAUGGAAAGUGCUGAAAAAGAUCGGAGGUGGCGGCUUCGGCGAGAUCUACGAUGCUACGGACCUACUGACCCGCAAUAGUGUGGCUCUCAAGGUGGAGUCGGCGCAGCAGCCCAAGCAGGUGCUGAAGAUGGAGGUGGCCGUCCUGAAGAAGCUGCAGGGUAAAAACCAUGUGUGUCGCUUUGUGGGAUGUGGUCGCAAUGAUCGCUUCAACUACGUCGUCAUGGAGCUUCAGGGUCGGAACCUGGCGGACCUGCGGCGCAGCAUGAGCCGGGGCACGUUCAGCGUCAGCACCACGCUGCGGCUGGGCCGACAGAUCCUGGAGGCCAUCGAGAGCAUCCACUCUGUCGGCUUUCUGCACCGUGACAUCAAACCGUCCAACUUUGCCAUGGGCCGCUUCCCCAGUACAUGCCGAACCUGCUACAUGUUGGACUUUGGUCUGGCCCGGCAGUUCACCAACUCAUGCCAGGAGGUCCGACCGCCUCGACCAAUGGCAGGAUUUCGUGGCACUGUACGAUAUGCUUCAGUCAACGCACACAAAAACAAGGAGAUGGGACGGCAUGAUGACUUGUGGUCCCUGUUCUACAUGCUGGUGGAGUUUCUGGUGGGCCAACUACCAUGGAGGAAGAUCAAAGACAAGGAACAGGUUGGGAAGCUGAAGGACACUUAUGACCACCGGCUCAUGCUGAAACACCUGCCAGCCGAGUUCAGCAUCUUCCUGGACCACAUCAGUGAACUGGACUACUAUACCAAACCGGACUACGAGCUGCUGAUGUCGGUGUUUGAGAACAGCAUGAAGACAUACGCGGUUGUGGAGAAUGACAUGUACGACUGGGAGAGGAUUAACACGGACGGCUCUCAGGCCGUCAACACCACCAACGCCACCCCUCAGCACCAUACGCGACUCACCCCAGCACACAUGGGCAUGGCUAAUGCCUCGAACCUCCACGGGGACCUCAUGAAGGACCUCCUCAAGGAGAACACGGAUGAGGUGCUGCAGGACGAGCAGCUUAGCGACGGGGAGAACAACCCCCCUCUCCCCGAGCGCUCCCCCGGCCAGCCUGCCAACCAGCAGGAGCCUGACGUGUGGGAGGAGAUGGACCGCAACUGCAACCACCUCCGGCCGACGGUGCUCCAGACCGGCAAAGAGGACGAGCAAAACCAGAACCAGGGCAACCUGACCCCGCACACAGGACUCAGUCUGGCCUCUCCGGUGAAGCUCCGCUCGGACGCCAGCCCCUCGGACGCACCACUGCUGAGGAAACUGCGGAACCUCCAUAGCCUGGACCUGGAGAAGAGGCUGACCCUGGAGCCCAAACCCAGCACCGAGCGUUUCCUGGAGGCCUGCUCAGCGAAGCAGCAGGCCGGCAACACAUCAGACAAGCCAGCAGGCCACAGCCUUGGCCUCGGUGUUCUCAGCAAUGGUGGCCCUGGCGACCGCAUCUGGCACUACGACGAGGAGGUCCUCUCGGGCGGCGGGGGCAGCGGCAGUGGCGUGGCCAAGCGCGGCUCCCUGGGCUCCCCGGCCGCCACGGGGCAGGGCGAGGGCGCCGCCAGCAGCAGCUUUGUGGCGCUGAACCUGAGCCUGGGCCGCGGCGGUGACGGCGACGCCAACUCGCACGACUGGGUGAUGGUGGAGGCGCCGUCCAACCUGCAGGAGCGCGGCGGCAGCAGCGUGGGCCUGGCCACGGGGGCCAAGGUCACCAUCAGCCCCUCGGAGGAGGGAGAGGUGGACGAGCUAGACCCCAACCAGGAGGGACCCGCUCGGAGCACCGGCGACGGACCGGCACGCUCGGAGCCCAGGGCUGACCAGCAGGAGCUGAGCGUGGAGACAGCGAGCACCAUGCCCCCCAUAACACCCACUAGCCCCGCCAAUGGCCUGCCGGACGAAGCCCUCUCACAGUUCCCCACCUCCCCCCUGUCUCCGCUGGAGGAGCCUGUGGUCCAGCAGCCGUGCGGGGCUCUGUUUCCGCCCCAGCGCUCCCCCAGCCCCCACCCCACGCUCUCGGACCCCCUGCGCCGGCGCCACGGCCUGCCCCGCCCGUCCGGACUGUGCCGGAGCCGUUCGGUCGACCCGCCGCGCCUCCACCACAACCACAGCCACCACCACCACUACCAGCUUCAGCCCCAACACCACCAAUACCACCAGCACCCUUCCUCCUGCUCUUCCUCCUCCUCUGCCUCGCUCCUCCCACCAUCCCCCGGCACGUCCUCGGGGCACGGCCAGCGCUCGCCGGGCCACCGCAAACUCCCCGCCAUCCCGGCGGGCGCCUCCGGCACCAAGAUCCCCUCCGUCAUACGCAUCACCCGCGCACAGCUCCAGCAGCUCAAUGCUCAGCGUUUAGCCGCAAACUCCCCGCCUGCCUCCGACAGUUCCCCCCACUGCCACCUGGUGGACAAAAAUGAGAACAACAACUACUCGGCACAGGAUCGCCCAGUCACUCCAACCACGCCACCCACCCCUCAGGAGCGCUGCCCUCCCUCUGCCUCCCCCACCCCAGAGGGGGACCCCCCACCCGAGGAGGACCAGUCUCCACCCAGGGCUGCGGGCUCCAUGCCCAGCUUGGUGUCUCCACGCUCAUCUCCCCGCUCGCCCUGCAGUCCCGUGCCACUGAACGCCGAAGAGGAAGAUCCCCUUCGGGAGGAGGAUGGAGACGCACCCACUCCACCCAGCUCUGAGCAGCAGGAGCAACAGCAGGAGGAGGGGGAGGGGGAGGUGGUGGAGGAGGUGCCCCCAGUGGAGGCGGAGAGGAGCCGUGGCUCCGUGGCGCCCCGUCUCCGGCUCAGCCGCAUCCCCGUGCUGGAGCCCAGCAGCCUGCUGCUGUCCAGCCCCAUCGCCACCACCCCCGGGGGUUCGGCCAAGCAGAAGCUCCUGCUGAAAAAGGCCCACCAGGGGGCGCCACUGCUGCUGUCUCCCUCCUGCUCCCCCUCGCCGUCGCUAGAGAGGCGCUGCCUCGCGCCGCAGACCGACUCCCCUGCCCCCGCUGACCGCUCCCAGGACGAGGAGUCCCUGCAGGGGGUGUCGGUGUCGGACCGGCAGGGGGGCGACGAGGCACUGUCCCUCUCCUCCUCGUCCAGUCCUCUGUCCCGAAAGAGCAGGAUACCACGGCCAGUGCACUCGGAGGGGUCCUCCACUGCUCCAGAGAGCCGCUCUUCCCAGUUCUUACCACGGCCGCCUCCAGGCAAACCACCCAGCCGACCCUGCAUAGAUAGCCGUCUGAGGCGCUACCGCAUCCGCGCGGGCAGCACUGGUGACUCGGAGCUCCUCAGCUGCCUGGCCCAGCUGAUGCAGAACGGCAUGGCCACCUCGCCGACCGGCCGUCCGCUCCGCUCCUGCUCACCCCACGUGGGCCGCUCCUCUCCGCGCUUGGUGUCCGGCGUCUGCGGCGGCGUCCACCCCCACCACCACCCCCGCAGCUCCAGUGCCUCGCCGCGCUCGGCCUCCUCGCUGCAGCGCUCGGCCUCGUCCUCUCCGCCGUCCCGUCCGGGCCCUGGCCGCAGCCGCUCGCCGCCCAGCAUGUCCAGCGGCUCGUCGCCCCCGGGGCCCGCCAAUGCCCGCCGCACACACCUCCAGCUGCGCCACCUCCACCACAGCCAGAGGGGCAAGGCUGGCUGCGGGCACGUGCAGAGCCGCGAGUGGAAGUGCUCCAGCAAGUUGAGCAGAUAGUCAUCUACGUCUGCGGGGCCCCUGGGGAUACCACUGGAGCUCUAAUCGUGUUUGUGUGUGUGUGUGUGUGUGUGUGUGUGUGUGUGUGGGGGGGGGCGCUAGUGUGUGGGUGAUUUUGAAUCCUUUGAGAGAUCCUGCGAGAUGUGAGUGUGAUCCCAGGUGAGGAACUGCUGCCUUUCGUGUGCCGACAACAUUUGGUGCGACUGUGCCAGUUAAACACAAUCAUGUGCAGAUUGAGUGUUAAAACCUGUUUUCAAAGCAUGGAAUCUAAGACUGUGCCAGUGUGUGUGUGCACAGGACAAGGCCAAUGAAGUGUUUGCACUGUUGGAGAAACACUACUGUCAGGAGAGCAGAGCUAAUGGGGUGAGGAGCUGGGCUAUAGCCCCUUGAUGGGGGCUUUUGCUAGAAAGGGAUUUAACUAAACACCUCAGAACAGGCAACACUUCCUCUGAAUAAGAUAUGAGCUACACCAGGCGCGUAACUGAAGCAUUCCGUUCGCGUAGCGUCUGCUGCAACAAUUAGCUGCCACUAUAAUCAAUGAAAGUAGCUACACCAGACGUGAUAGCAGCGCGUACGUUCGAAAAAAAUAGACCGGUCUUUUAAAAUGGAUUUUAUGCGUCGCGAACGGAACGCUUCAAUUACGCACCUGGUGUAGCUCAUACCUAAGACUUUAAGAAACGCUUUAGAGCCUCAGACAUAGGUUAGUAUAGAAGAGGGUCACUGGCCCCGUUCCUGUGACCAUAGCCUCCCACUUUCCAUUAAUGCUUCAGGCUUUGGAUGCCAUUCAGUGCAGCGAUCAGCAUUUAAAACCGCUGGUUAGUAUAUAAGUCUCAUAGAAUGGAUAUGUCAUUCUGUUCUUUUCUGUUGACAUGAGCCUGUAUUUAGAACAUCCACGUAACUGCAAUUAUGCGUCAUCAGUACAUAACUAUACAGAUACUCUAUAUUAAGACCUCUGACUGCAGUCAUAGAGAAGCAGAAGCUGCUGAAUGCAGUCAAAUGUGCUGUUGUCAGUUAGGAGAUUUAAUGAAUUUUCAGAGGAAAUGUUGCCUAUAAGAUUUCAUCACAAAAUCUAUUAAGUGAUAAGUUCUACCAUCUGUACAAUACUCUCUCCAGCAUUAAGAGUUAUUACAUGCACUCUUUGGUUAGUAAUGUGUCCCUACUUGAAGAUUAAUGACUCCCAAAAAAUGAAAACAAAGACCUCCUGUGAAGACCUCCUCAGUUGACCUUUGUCUCGCAUACCUCCCCUGACUGCUCAGUGUGCUCACCUGCAUUCCGGUUGCAUUUUUUGUCCUGAUUGUUUGCGUCAUGGAAAUGAUUGUUUUCCUUUUGACUUGUCUGGUAUUUACACUAGCACGCAUUUCAUAGGGUCCUUAAAAGCAUGUGGUUAUGCAGUAAUGCCCACGGCACCACAAGCACGGUGAUGCGUGGCUGUCAGUAUGUGUACGAAUGUAUACUGUGAAGCUCACACUAAAUAGUGUGUAUGUGUGUAUGUAGGUACGUGUAUCGCAAGGAGCACGGACAACAUGUGUAUGUAGGCGUGUGUGUGUGUGUGUGUUUGUGAGUGUGUGUGUGAGUGAGUGAGUGAGUGUGUGGAUUGUUUGGAGUUGGUCAUCUCUUGAUCUGUUUGUUUAUAGUAUUUAUUCAGAAGUAUUUAUCACUAGUCCUGUACACAGCAAGCAUUAGUCAAAGCAGUGGCAGGUUCACUGAUAGACUGACAUUAGCCACUGGCUCCCCUUGUUCUUAUUUAUUCCUUCUUAUGUAUUUUCUUUCUGUCUGUGCCCCCCCCCCCCUCCCUAUUAAGCCACCAUGACACCUU